AACGAUGUUUCAGGUGUCUGUGUUGUUAACUCAGUUCAAGACGUGUAAGCUUAUUCGAUUUCAUUUUUGAAUCGACCUUGAUUGGCUUAGUACUUAGUACACAAUGCUGAAAAGCGCGGCGCUGUUUCUUUGUGGAUUCUGUUGGCUAUAUACAUUUCACACAACGGCUCAGCUUUUAACUGAAAUCUCAGGGCUUUUAGUCGGAUCAAAGAAAUCAAUUUCACUUCCAAACCCACCGAACUUUCCAUCUAAUAUUCCUCUCAGGCUGGGAACGUACGAAAAUUGGGCAAACGAAUUAUCAAUUCAAGAUUUAUGGAUCGCUACUCCAUCCCACUAUCGAGACAUAGUCACACUAGCCAACUGGGCAUAUGCCAAUAAUUUUACGCUUCGUGCUAGUGGCUAUAUGCAUAAUUGGUCUCCUCUGACUGUGACCAAAGCUAAUAGGUUUGUUAAGAAUGUCGUUCUGGUUGAUACUAAAGCAGCGUUAAUUCGUAUGGCGUUGACGCAAUCGCCAUAUGCUAAUACUAUGGCUGUUCAAGUGCAAACAGGUGUGACUGUGACUGAUUUGUUGACGUUUUUGGAAGAAAAUGGAUUGGGUGUCUAUGCAGUUCCGGCUCCAGGCGGAAUAACAAUUGGAGGCGCUUUGGCAAUAGGUGGACAUGGUACUUCGGUGCCAGCAAUUGGUGAAACGGAACCACCUGGUUUCUCCUACGGAACGAUAAGUAAUUUAGUGAUCUCUUUGACCGCAGUGGUUUGGGAUCCAGCACAACAAACCUACGGUUUAAAAACGUUCAGGAGAUCUGAAACAGAGACAAAGGCUUUCCUUGUCCACUUGGGUCGUACGUUUCUUACUGAAGCGACACUUAUGGUUGGACCGAACUAUAAUCUCCGCUGCAUUAGUCGAACAGACAUUCCGAGUGAUGAAUUGUUCGCCGAUCCAACGAGUGUGAACGCAGAUACAAGAACUUUUGCUCGCUUUCUCAACGAGUCUGGUCGCAUCGAAACCAUAUUGUUUCCGUUCACUGGUAUUCCAUGGUUGAAGGUUUGGAGCAUUUGUCCGAAUAAGCCACGAUCACUAUUGACGAGAACGGUUACUCGUCCGUACAACUAUAUCGUUCCGAACACAAUACCAGAAUUUCUCUCCAUGAUUGUAGGGAAUGCAUCAAAUUCGAUCGGCAUUCUUAAUCCACUGUUUGGUACGACAGAGAGGCUUCUGGCAUCCGUGGGAAACCUAGCUACAUUGUCGUUUGAUAUUUGGGGAAAAUCGAAAAAUCUUUUGUUGUACGUCAAGGAGACAACCAUAAGACAGACUGCUUGUGGCUAUGCAAUUAUUACGACACGUGGCAAUGUUCAACGUAUUGUUAGUCGGCUGACUGUAUUCUAUAAUCAUCUCUUACGUGAUUAUGCCUCAAAAAACUUGUAUCCCAUAAACGGCGUAAUCGAAAUGCGAGCAUCAGCCCUAGACUAUUCCAACAAAGUCGUUCCGGAUGGCGAAUCACCAUCAUUAUCCGUACUUCAUCCAGUCGAUGGCCAUCCCGAAUAUGAUACAGCCAUUUGGUUGUCGAUCCUGUCAUACCCUUAUUCUACCCACCAAAAUGAAGCGUACCAAACAAUUGAAAGCUUUAUCUUCCGUGAAUUCCAUGGCGUCGAUUCUGUGGUUAGAGUGGAAUGGUCUAAGGGAUUUGCUUACAGUUUGGAUGAAGGAGGCUGGACUGCACCACAUGUUCUUAACGAAGUUAUACCGUCUACAUUUCCAGCGACAUCGUCGCUCAAUGGAUGGAAUUACGCAAUUUCCGUUUUCGAUAAAUACGAUCCACAUCGAAUAUUUAGCAACACUUUUUUGGAUCAGGUGUUGGUGAAAGAGUCGAAAUAAAAUCAAUC